AUGUUCAAUGUUGUGAAGUUUGUGGCGGUUAUUAAAUUUAGUAUGUGUGACAAAUAUGUUUUUAUUGAAACUGUGAAGAGCAAGGGGACUCUUAGGACUAUUAAACAUGUCAUCUCAAAGCGAAAGUUUGAGGAUGAAGAUGUUAUUGUAGUUCGAGUUCUGCAUGCUGACACACAGGACCAGGAGGAUAUUGUUCAUCUGGUUGUAGUAGAUGAGCAUCCAGAUGUCCAAGGCAAGGAAGGACGUCCACUGAAUGUUUUUAUUUUGGGGGACUUUCCACAAAAGGAUGUCCCGUUUCAUGAAGAAGAAGUUGUUGCUCUCAGAGGAGGUUGCAUCUCUGAAAAUGACAAAGGGACGCUUGAACUUGUGUUUACAAGUGAUAAACAGAACACCAUUUUACGCGAAGAUUUUGGGCGAUAUAAUAAAGAAGACAUAUUUUCAAAAACUGCUAAAUUCCCUACAAAAGGAAGAAGAUUGCCUAAUGAAAGCCUCAAGAUGAUUGAAAAAAUUAAAAAAUGGAUUGGAUGUGGGCUGGUUGCAGCAGUAUCCAAAGAACUAACUCUGAAUGAAGCUAGUUUGAAAAGUAUUUGUCGUUGCAAUUUGGUGUGCAAGGUUCUGGAUGUCAGAGAGAUAGUUCCUAGUCUGGGCAUUGUGAGUGUGGCCGACGGCUCUGUCUGCAGGUGCCCUUUUCUCACAAUAAACAAUGACAAGGAAGUGGAAUUUGUGUCUGUGGAUGAAUCUGAUUUGUCUGUAGACAUAAUUGUAACACUGAAGACAGAGGCUCUGAAAAAUCUCAAGAAAGGAUCAUACGUAAGGCUGUUUGGUAUACAAACAAAAAAAUUUUCACUUCCAUUAUCAGAAUAUAAGGACUGUAUAAUCCUCAAAAUUGAUGGAAGAAUCUUCAGUUUUGAAUCAGUAGUUGGCAGUGAAAAGGCAAAGAUCUCUAGCCUUCUCCAUAAGAGAAACCAACACAAUAAUACUGCAGAUGUUUCUCAUAACAUUGCAGAUGAUUCCAGAUCACAAUUGUCAGUACCCUCCUCCUCAAAUGAGUCAUUCACAAUCCUGACUUCAGGCCCUCAGCAGAAUGCAAAUUCCGGUGGUGGCAAAAUAGAUGAUGAUUCACAAAGUAUUCUGAGGCUCAGAGCACCUCCUGCCAAACUCAGAUGCUCAGGCACUCACUCUAAUAUUUUUGGAGAAACUCAGCAGUCUUUCCAUGUCAAACAUAAACAGCAUCAAGUUUCUGGAAGAAAGAAGAUAGGAACAAGCAGAGAAGAGCAGGCAGAUGUAGACUCCAAUGAUGGUGACUCAGGAUGUGAAAACCAAAGAGACAACAGUACAUUAGAUAGAGCACCUCCAUCGAAGAAGCACAAACCUGGGCAUCUCAGUGUUGGAGAAACCUACUGUGACAUUUCUCCAGCAGUAAACCAACAUGCGGAUGAAGGCUGUGCAGUGCUGCUGAGAGGCCAUUGUGCUAGGAAUUGCAACAUAACAGAGAGAACACAGUGUGAAAGCUCUGCAAUAACACAAAGUAAAGAACAAGUUAGGCCAGAAAUUAACAAUGGGAGUACUGUACAAGACCUGGACACAGAUGAAAAAGGUGCGGGUGAUGAACCACUAGUGGAAGAGACACAGAUUGGUUUGAGGAGGCUAAAAUACCUCCCCGGUAUUUAUCAUGUAAAUGUCUGGAUUAAGGAUGUUUUGCCAACCCUUUCAGGUUGUCCACUGGACUUAAUAACAGCACGGUGUUACAUCUGUAGGAAAGAGCAGAGUUAUACAAGAAUUAGCAAACAACAACCUCAUUCUGAGCAGCAGAUAUGUCUACCCUGUUCUAGUCAAGGUAUGCCAAAAUUCUUGGAGCUGAAGUUUAAGUUUACCCUUGUCCUAUGGGAUGCCUGUGAACGGGAGAUUUCAGCUUCAGUCACAGGCGAAGAAGCUGAGAAAUUUCUGAAAUGUUCUGUCUACAUGUACAUUCGAGAUGAACCGAUAAGGCAACAUGUUUGGAAUACAUUACAAAAGCUGAAAGAUCGAGGAUGCUUUCGCAAGUACAGACAGGCCCAAGACCUGAUAGAAGUGGAUAUUGGAGUUACAGUGGAGAGAGGAUUUAAAAAAUAUAUGUUAUUAGGUGGAGUGCUAAAUAAUCUUGAAGUCACCCACAAACAGUAAGGGUGAACAACUAAUCAAAAGGUAAAUGUGAUGGGAGUUGAUGGUCCCUGCCUCAUUAGAGUUUUCAAAGGUGUGGUGCAAGAGAUAUAUUUUUAGGCACUUCAUAUCUCCAAAAUUACAUUCAUAUGCCUUUUAGUGAUAGGAGUUCCUAAUCACGCAGUUGAAGUUCUUAAUAUCAAAUGUGUUGUCUCCUGAUAUUUCACUGUGUUAUAUUCAUUUGUUAUUUGUAAAAUACUCUGAACAGCAAAUAUUUGUUAUAUUUGUACCUGAUUAUAGCUUUUUAAAAUUGAGCUGAGAAAGGUAAAUAAUUGUACCAUACAUCUCAGUACAGCUAUAUUCAUAAUUUGUACUGUUAUUUUUAUCUGGAGAGCGAAUUGUGAAGGUUUUAUAUUUUGUAUCAUCAUGACAGUUUUUCUCAUUACAUUAGUAUUUUAGCUUCACUUUUCAAUCACAGAUAUUGUACUGAUUUGAUAUAAUGCUUAAUGGCAGUAUCCAUUUCGUGUCUUUCUUGCCUAUCUUGUUCUGCCUAGUAGAAGAAAAACUGUGGAAGCUGUUAAGGCAGGGAGUUUUAACAGUUACUCUCCCUUUGUAUUUUAUGGAAACAUGUUUUAAAUUCUAUUUUUUGUGUAAUUUCUGUGAAAUAAACAUCUUCACAUUAUGUAUAAUUCAUAUGAUGUCAGCUACAGCUUCCUAACAUGAGUUUAUAAGCAUUAGUGUUGCUCUUUAGGCACAAUUUCUGAUUUUAUUUGAAAUUUUCUUUCUAUGCCCAUCUUUGCACUUCAUACAGACUUUCUCAAGACAUUAAACAUUAUAAAAUUAUUUUUAUAUAAUGUGUGAGGGGCAUUCAAUAAGUAAUGCAAUACUUUUUUUCUGAAAGCAAGUUGGUUUUAUUCAGGAUUCCAAUACACCAUUUUAUUCCACACUCUUUUGACCACAAAACACUGUUUUUCAACAUAAUCUCUGUUCAAUGUGACGUCCUUAUGUCGCCUUACUGGGAGGGCCUGUAUGCCCACUUGGUACCACUUACUGGUCAAUGUCAGAGCCAGCGUCUUGCUGCAGCAGUAACCUCCCCAUCGUCUCUGUACUGCAUCCUAUGGAGUGGAUCCUUCAUUUGAAGUCUGAAGUUGGGAGAUCCAGGCUCUAGAGUGGAUGCGGAAGAACCGUCCAAUGAAGUUUUGUGAACACCUCUCAGGUAUGCAGACUUGUGUGAGGCUUUGCAGUGUCAUGGAGGAGGACGAGUUCUUUUGCAUUUUUGUGGCGACAGAAACUGUGAAGUCACUUCUUCAAUAUCCUGAGGGUAGCACAAUACACUUUAGAGUCGAUUGUUGCACCAUGAGGGGUGGCAUAAAACAGAAUAACCCAGAAGACCCUACCUUGACUCUACUGACUGGGUGCAUUCGGGAGGACAACGGUUCAAUUCCGUCUCCGGCCAUCCUGAUUUAGGUUUUCCGUGAUUUCCCUAAAUCAUUUCAGGCAAAUGCCGGGAUGGUUCCUUUGAAAGGGCACGGCCGAUUUCGUUCCCAAUCCUUCCCUAACCCGAGCUUGUGCUCCGUCUCUAAUGACCCCGUUGUCGACGAGACGUUAAACACUAACCACCACCACCACCUACUGACUGGGCGUGGCUUUGAACUUUUGCUUCAGAGGAGAUAGAUUGUUGUUUCAUUGUGUUUCCAGUUCAUAGUGGUGAACCCAUGGUUUGUCACCUAUGACAAUCUUUGACAAAAGAUUGUCACAGUCAACCUCUUAAUGGAUGGUCCUUCGUUCCUCUUACUGUCCCACUGUUAGGCAGUGAGGGACCGAGCAGGCACACACCUCUGAGUACCCCAACUGGUGGACGAGUCGGUCAGCACUAACAAAAGAGAUGUCCAGUUCUGGGACGAGGUGUUUGACUGUGAUCUGUCGAUCACAGUCAGAUGAGUGUGUUCAGGUGGGCCGACACUGCAGGAGGUACAGCUGUGUAUGGCUGGCCAUCAUGCAGGAGGUCAGACAGGUUUACACAACCUUGUUCCUAUGAUGACAGAUGCCUCACCCAACAACUCACAAUGCCUUUGUUCACUGAAACUAAAUGACAGCUUUCUGCUUGGAAUGCACCUUCAUUUCAGAUGCCAUUUUGAAGGCUAUGUACAGCACUGCCACCUAUUAGAACUUCAUGAAAUUAUAGCUGAAGCAGGAAUAUUCCGUGAUUUCCCACAACAAAGUUUGCUCAUUUUAAACCAAAAUUGGCUUUGAAAAUAAAUGUGUUGCAUUACUUAUUGAGUGCCUCUCACAUGUAAUCUGGAAAAGGCAUCAUGCCUAAUCCCUGAAAGUGAAGAUGAUGAUGGUGUAUGUAAUCUGUAAUUUCUGUUUAAAAUUUGUCUUUUCACUUUUAGGUAGACAAUUUGAAUUGCUCAUUAAGUGUCUUGUAAAACCAAACUUGUUUCUUAGUGUUUCAGACAAGUAGUAGCACUGAAGUUGUAAGUUUACUGAACUGAAAAUUGUGUUCCUCAGUAGCCUCCUUAUUAAAAUUCAUUUGCCAGCUGAA